CGACCUUCCGCCAAUUCGCGGUCAGAACUCCACUUCACACCUCACAGUUUUACGGUUCACGGAGAUCCAACGCACCUAGCACUUCACAUCAUUUAUCAAGAUGAAUUCCCCCCAGCGGAAGCCCACAACGCUUUGCCCAGUAUGGCUUCGACACUCCCAACCAAAGACCACAGCAUCCUGAUCGUAGGAGCUGGGGUGUUCGGCCUCUCAACAGCCCUCCAUGUAGCUCAAGACGGGUAUACCAACAUCACAGUCCUCGACCGGGAACCUGUUCCCAGUCCCUACUCUGCCGGUAAUGAUAUAAAUAAGAUUGUCAGAGCAGAGUAUGAGGAUCCAUUCUACACGGCAUUGGCUCUGGACGCAAUCAAAGAAUGGGAAACUCCCUUCUGGUCCAACUUUUACCGCCCUACAGGCUACCUCCUCACGACUUCCCUCAACGCUCCCCAAAAAGCACGCGACACAAUUAAGAAAUCCUUUUCAUCAAUCGGGGACCAUCCUUCAUUCCCAUCUGGGUCCUUUUCAGCUGUUGACAACGCGAACGAUAUCAAGAGAUAUUUGCCGAUGCUGGAGGGGCAGAUGGACGGCUGGAGCGGGUAUCUAAAUCGGUAUGCAGGGUAUGCCAGAGCUGCGAAGGCGUUGGAAUACGCAGCGAAGAGGUGUCUUGAGUUGGGAGUGAGGUUCGUUACUGGUGAUGACGGCUAUGCUGUAGAGAUUCUAUUUGAGUCUGCAGAUAAGGGCAAGAAGGUGUGCGUAGGUGUUAAGACUGCCAAUGGGGACAUUCACAAGGCUGCACACACAAUUCUCGCUCUUGGGGCACACAUUGGAACACUACUACCGGAGAUAUCUCAGCAAGUCACUGCGAAAUCUUGGGCGGUCGCUCACUUACAGCUCUCCCCUGAAGAAGCUGCGGUCAUGAAAGGAUGUCCGGUCGUCAAUUGUAGAGAUCUAGGGUUCUUCUUUGAGCCGGAUGAGGAUACGGGGCUCAUUAAACUCAGUGCCAACGGGGCGGGCUACACGAAUAACAUAACCACUUCAGAAGCACAAGCGUCUUUACCGACUGCUUCCAAUGACGGGAUACCAACAGAAGAUGAGGAUUUGAUCAAGAGAUUGAUUCAGCAGGCCAUGCCACAAUUUUCUGGGAAGGAGUUGGUCAAAAAGUUUAUCUGUUGGUGUGCUGAUACUCCUGGUUCGGAUUACAUCAUUGACCAUGUGCCUGGGACAAUGGGAUUACUGGUAGUCGCUGGGGACAGUGGGCAUGGAUUCAAAAUGCUACCUGUGGCGGGAAAAUGGGUGAAGAAAGCUUUGGAGGAUGAUGAGCAGAUCAUCGAGCGGUGGAGAUGGAAGGAUAAGAAAAGUGGUAGUGAUAACAUUUCGUGGAGAGUUGGCAAGGUGAAGGAUAUCAAGGAGGUCGAAUUCUCGGGUCUGAAAAGUCGUAUCUGAUGCCUUCUCAGCUCAUCGGGCGAAGCGAUAUCUCUGGACUAUAAUAUUCAUUUUUAAUCUCACUUCUGGCAUUUCUUUUCAUUGUCAACUAUUGUCUUCUGAACUUAAUCCGUCCAAACAUUUUUAACAGUCAGAAGAAGUAUACAUCUCAACCGAGGUCACUCGAGAUUGCUUGAGAGAAAUUCAUCCCACCUUACC